AUGUACUCAGAGGAUGAAAGCAUGACGGCCGACGCCUUUUCUGCAGAUCAGAAACGCGAUCCCUUCUCCGAAAUACAGCUAAGCUCCACGCGGACCCGAACCCUCAAGCGAACCCUCUCUGAUGAAUUUAGUCCUGGCGGCAAUAGCGGGCCCAUGAAAAGUAGAAGAGUCGACCCAGAACGCCUGGCAUGUCGGCUAGAUCCCAAUCUAGUCCAAGAUAUGGAAGUUCUUAUUGCUCAAGGCUCUCGAAUGCCUCCGUUCGAGAUUCGGAAAGAACUCCAAGAAAGGUAUAAGGUAGACAGACGACACAUCUACGACUACUUUCACAGCAGAGGUAUGCGUGUCGCGAAGGAAGACAAGCAUCGCAACUUGUCUCGCCGAAGGGCGAUGCUAAGUAAACCCAAACCCCAGCCUAUAUUUUAUUCUUCAACCGAUAUUUCGUCCGAAUCAACAGCCCUGGUGGAACACAGAAAGCCACCUACACAUGGCGGAAAGACCUAUCCGAUGCAGCAGAACAAGCCUAAGAAGCGAAAGCGAAAUACACCAGCCAUUGUGCCAAAGCUUGAAGAGUCGCCUGAGAUCCUUCCGGACCUUGCCUACCCUGAUAGCCCUCCUCAGCCUGUAUUCUAUCGCGAACCCACGCCUGAGGUGAAGGAUGCUUUCAAGUCAGAGCCGGAAGACCUCGAUACGGAUUUAGAACAAUCUCCGAUCAACCAGCUUGAAGCUGACGGAGAAGACCUCUUCGACGAGGAGAAACUCAACCAUCUGGACUUUGCAUACCUCGACGACGCCUCCGAAUCCUCGGUUUAUAACUUCGACACUCCGGUCUGUGACCCGGUCCAUGCGGAUAUUUUCGAAAGUCCUCGCGCUGGCCGACUCGGAAUCUACGACCUGAUCAAUGAUAAUAUUGGUUGUGACACUAAGGCUGCCGAAAGCGUUGGGUCGUACCGGUCAUUCAUGGAGGACCGCGAACAGCUCUAUUUCUCUCGUCUAUUUGCUUCUCCUCAGAAGUCGCCAGGUGCACUUUCCAUCGAAUUGGGCUCAGACGCAUUUAUCUCUUCGACCACGGAUCAUGAUUUCCCUUCAAUGUGCUCGCUUUUUCAGGAUUCCUCCUUUCAGACCUCUUCGUUAUCCACGGUAUCUGAUGCCCCAGUGAUUAAUCAGGACGCCUCCACCACAGACGUCCCCAACCUUACACAACCGGUGUCAACGAUGCUUCCUCAAACGGUUCAAGACCCCUCUGCGAACUCCGCAAAGACUGUUCGGCCAAGGAUACCAACUGGGCAGCAAGCCCUUUCUUCUGGACCGAAAACCCCAUCUUGUGAACAUGCGCAACUAAAUUCUGCCUCCGCAGUUUCACUUCGUGCAUAUAUGCGGCCUCGCUCACAGUCAACCUUACGAAACGUGAUUAAUAAGGAUGGUUCUUCCGCCGUCGAGUCAUUUGUCCCUUCUAUGGCCCCCUUUCUGGAGACCUCUCGUGCUUCAUGGAAGCUAGCAGACAUGAGGCCAUCCAGGCAUAGGACGGCGUCCGCCGGCGGAGGCUUAUAG